AGCCCAGCCCAGCUCCCCCUGGCUGGGGACCGGCCUAAAGAGCAAGUGCCCCGGAUCCGUUCCCCGACCUCCCCUCCCCGGCCAGGGGAGCGGAUCGGGGCCUUUACCGCCCCGCGUGAGCUCCGCCGGCCAGGUGAGGGGACGCGCUUGUCUGUCAGCAGAGGGUGUCGGCGCGUCCCCGGCCUGCAGCCGGUCCCGAGACCCCGCCGUGGGCUGGCCCCUCCUUUCAUCAACUGUUCCGUGUUUUGGCCCUUUGGGGCAGUGGCUGCUCGGCCCGUUUCUCCCGGCCAUGCUGCGCACCGGCCCUUCCCCCUCUGACGUGCCAGUCAGGACGGUCUGAGGGGUGCCAACUUUGGUUGGAUGGUUUCCUGGAGGUUUCCUCUCAUGACAUAAUCUUUAAUUCCUGGAGGGUCGGCAACCCUAUGUGACGGCCGAGGACCCCAGCGCCGACGGGUGGCUAUGCAGAUCCCCGAGGCAAUUCUCACCAAUAAGGAGCUACAGGAGGCAGUUGGAGCCCUCCCCAGCAACUAUAACUUUGAGAUCUACAAGACAGUCUGGAGAAUUCAGCAGGCUAAGGCAAAGAAAGUGGCUCUGCAGAUGCCCGAAGGCCUCCUCAUGUUCGCGUGCACCAUCGCUGACAUCAUUGAAAGGUUCACCGGUGCCGAGGCGGUGGUGAUGGGAGACGUGACCUACGGUGCGUGCUGUGUGGAUGACUUCACGGCCAGGGCCCUUGGGGCCGACUUCAUGGUUCACUACGGACACAGCUGCCUGGUUCCCAUUGACGCCACGCAGGGGGUAAAGAUGCUCUAUGUGUUUGUGGAUAUCAAGAUCGACACGUCCCACUUCAUGGAGACCAUCCACUUCAACUUCCCCAAGGGCGCCUGCCUGGCUCUUGUCAGCACCAUCCAGUUUGUCUCCGCUUUGCAGGCAGCAUCCCAGGUCCUGCGCUCCGAGUACAAGGUCAGCAUCCCGCAGUGCAAGCCGCUCUCGCCAGGCGAGAUCCUGGGCUGCACGUCUCCCCGGCUGGGGCCGGACACAGACGCCAUUGUGUACCUGGGGGAUGGGCGCUUCCACCUGGAAUCUGUCAUGAUUGCCAACCCCAGAGUUCCCGCCUACAGGUACGACCCCUACAGCAAAGUCUUCUCCAUGGAGCACUACGCCCAUGAGCGCAUGCAGCAUGCCCGGCAGGAGGCCAUCUGCACCGCUGCCCACGCCCGGAGCUGGGGACUCAUUCUCGGGACCCUGGGGCGCCAGGGCUCCAACUCUAUCCUGCAGCACCUGGAGGCGCGGCUCCAAGCCCUGGGCCUCCCGUUCGUCAGGGUGCUGCUCUCGGAAAUCUUCCCUAGCAAGCUGCAGCUGUUCCCCAAUGUGGACGCGUGGGUGCAGGUGGCUUGUCCCCGGCUCUCCAUUGACUGGGGAGGAGCCUUCAGCAAGCCACUGCUCACACCCUAUGAGGCUGCUGUGGCUCUGAAGGAAAUUGAGUGGCAGCAGACUUACCCCAUGGAUUUCUACGCUGGCCAGUCCCUGGGGCCCUGGACAGUCAACCAUGCCAGCCACCAGUCCCAGAGGGGUGCCAGCCAGCCCGCACAGGGUGACGCUGGGGAACAUGGCUACAAACCUGACCCAGCCAAGGCCUUGGCUCCUCCUGGGCCUCACCCCUCCCCUUUCGCCCUAGGCCAGGGAUCAGCAGCCUUUGGCAUGCGGCCCAUGGGCUGAGGGAUGUGCUGGCCGCCGCUUCCCGCAGCCCCCAUUGGCCUGGAGCGGUGAACCGCGGCUAGUGAGAGCCACGAUCGGCCGAACCUGCGGACUUGGCAGGUAAACAAACCGGCCCGGACCGCCAGAGGCUUUCCCUGAUGAGCCCCGCACCAAAGGCUGCCGGUCCCUGCCCUAGGAAGUCAGGAGGCCUGCGGCUGUGCACAGGAGAAACACCCUGUGGUGCUGGCACCUGACCAGCAGAAGGCAUCAGAGGACUGUGCAGGUGCUCAGAGCUCCGGACUCUCU